AUGGAUCGCCGCAAGUGACAGUUCGCGAGUGAAAAAUCGGGAAAAUUAUGUGGAGAAAUAUUUGCUAAAUUAUCUCGUUAAAUGACUGCUGGAAAAGAAACCAUGGGUGAGCAACCAAUCUUCACGUGCAAGGCGCAUGUGUUCCACAUAGACCCGAAGACGAAGCGGUCUUGGAUGUCGGCGUCCUCGUCGGCUGUCUCCGUGUCCUUCUUCUACGACUCCUCCCGGAACCUGUACCGCAUCAUCAGCGUCGAGGGGACUAAGGCGGUUAUCAACAGCACAAUAACAGCAAACAUGACAUUCACAAAGACGUCGCAGAAGUUUGGUCAGUGGAGCGAUGUCCGCGCCAACACCGUCUACGGGCUCGGGUUCGCCUCCGAGGCUGAACUUGGCAAGUUCAUAGAAAAAUUCCAAGAGGUGAAGGAGGCGAUACAGGCGCAGCAGUGCGGCGCGGGCGCAGCGGGCGGCGGCAAGGGCGUGGCCAACGGCAACAGCGGCGCCUGCACGCCCGUGGCCAGCGCCACCGCCUCGCCGCUCAUGGCGGGCCGCGCGCAGCACCCCGACGAGCCCCCGCCCGCCAUCUCGCCCGCACAGCCAAUCAAAACGGAAAACGACGAAAUGAUGGUCCAUCAGAGAGCUCAUUCUGUAUCGUCCACUAUUCAGGGCGGCUACGCGACGGUGGGCCGCGCACCCCGGGGCCCGCUGGCGUCGGCGGGGGCCGUGGAGCCCCCGCCGGGGGACCCCGAGCAGCAGCUGCGGUACGAGAACGACCGCCUCAAGUUGGCGCUGGCGCAGAGUUCGGCCAACGCGAAGAAAUGGGAGGUGGAACUGGCGACUUUGAAGAGCAACAACUUGCGGCUGACGGCGGCGCUGCAGGAGAGCACGGCCAACGUGGACGAGUGGAAGCGGCAGCUGCACCAGUACAGAGAGGAAGUUGCGCGCGCACGACACAUACACGGGAAAGGAGGUGACGCUAACGAAGUAGAACAGCUUCGGCAGCGCGUGGCUCAGUUGGAAGCGGAGUUGGCUCAGAAGAAUGAGGAGUUGGCCCAGAUCACCAAGUCUAGGAAGAGCGAGCAGGACGCAGAAGCCAAGCUAGCUCAGAGCCAGUUGGAGCUAGCACUAGCCGCCCAGGACGGUCAGCGGCAGGUCAUACAGGCGCUCAAUGACCAGCUCGCGCGACAACUUGACGAGCUGACAACGAUCCAUCGCGAAAUAAACACGGCAUUGCAAACAUGAGCCGGGUCGAUCCAGCCGCCGCCUAUUUACGCGAGCGUGCGAAAGGACAGGCGCGGGCUGGCUGGGCCAAUCGCCCAACAUAUGGGCCAACAGGCGGGCCAAGCGGCCCAACAGUUGGGCCAGGCUGGGCCAAGCGGCCAAACCCUCCCGCUGCUGCUCCGCGACUCGUCAGGUGGCGACGAACCAGCUUACGUAACAGUAAAAGCGAAGAAAUGAAGAGUGCUCUCGGUAUUUCGCAAAGUGCAAGAAUUUUUCUGAACUCUCAAGUCAAGUAUCAAGUUCGGUUUGUACUAGUCGUUUAUUUGUUCGAGAGUUGUACGCAAAAAGAUUAGUUUAAUUAAGUAUGAAAAAUCUGUCCCUUCAAUCAAUUAGUUUGUUGUAAUUUAGAUAAUUUAACGGUGGAGUAUGCUCCAUACCCUCUCCGGUUGAUUGAGGGGAGGCCUGUGCCCAGCAGUGGGACGUAUAUAGGCUGUUUAUGUAGAGAAUUUAACAUUUGAAAACUUAAAAUGCCACCACCAUGGCUAAAAAGUCACUUUCAUUCAUUUACAUAAAAUUAUGAUAAUUAUGUCAAUAAUUAUCAAUAUGUAUCAUGAUCAAUGGUGAUAGAUGUUGAUAUGAUAUGAUAUUUGCUAUUACAAAUGUGUAAACACUUUCUUAUUCAUAAAAUUAUUUCUUAUUUUAUAAAUAAGAAAGAGAUAGCACGAACGUUAUAAUGUAGAGAAAAGAUAAUGAAAGUUGUCAAAAAAUAUGAUUUUAGAACAUAAAAAAUAAUCCUUUGCGUACAUCUCUAAAAACACAGUAUUUAGUUAUUCUUACUUCACGCCAUAUCCUCACGGGAGUGGGCAGCGAACAUUAUGUGCACUAUUUAUUAUUACAUUACAUAAAGUAACAUUCAUAGCAUUUACAUUAAGUUACAUAAUCAAAGUACAUCAUUUAUUCAUUUACCAUCUGCAUAACAUUAUUUUCAUUUUGUCAAACGACAUUAGAAAUUGGAACUUCAUAAAAAAGAUUUUUCGUAUCAUAAAAAUACCGCCAUAGAUUUUGUAAUACUCGAUCCCCGCGACAAAAAUGACGCACUUUGACGGUUUACGUCGAUAAAAGUCGUGCCGCGCGAUAUUUGUCGCGUCUCGGUUAACAUGUCGCGGCGGCAAGUCACUAUGGAUAAAAAAUAUUGCCAGAAUUUCAUAUAGAAUUAAUUAAAUUCAUGAAAAUAUCAAUAGGGGUAAAAAGGCCAUCUUGACGCAAAUUCUCUAGAAAAGCAAUAUUGCUAUUUGACAUUUCUUGCCAUCGCUAACUUAAUUGUAUAUGCGCAAAUGUCAAAUUGCAAUAUUUUUAGAUGAAUUGCUUCAAUGUGGUCCUUUAGACUCCAAGUUCAUAUAGAGUUACGUACCAUAUUACCUACGGUAUUAUGAAUAGGCGGUAAUUAUUUAUUUUCAUUAUUUCUUAUAUUCGAAAUUUAAACUUUUACCCACCCUUGAGAUGAUUAAUAUUUAACUGUGUUGACAUUGCUAUUAGGCAAAAAUGGGACUUUUUACACAACUUCGAAAGAAGAAAUUAGUUUAUCUAUCAAACACGAAAUUUGAAGUCACAAUACAUUUAACUUCACGUUUAUGUUUCGUAAGGAUUAUCAGAAAAAGAUUGAAUACGAGAAUAAAAAAGAGACAUACUAAAAAAGAUACAGUGCGUAUUAUAACGUUUUUAAUUCUUAAAUUCAAGUGUUCUAAAUACAAAUUUAAGAGAAAAAGGAUACAUGAUUUGGCAUUUUACCUUUUAAAUAUAGAACAAAAAUAUUUAAACUGAAGAUUGGCAAUUUUUAAUGCCUCUAUAGAAAGUUAUACACCGGCUGUAUGGCUGUGUUCCAUUACUUCCUAAUUUGAGAAAAGAAAAAUACUACUACUAGACUAGACAACUUAUUGACUCCGUAUCCUUAUCAGGAUGAACAGAUCCUACUGAUAUUCGUCUUUCUUAAAACAGUUCUAAAGCACUGUCAAUACAGUUCCUUUUACUAUGCCUGUCAUAUGUAAAUAGGUUCUCCUACAUUGAUCGUGCAAGCGAUGUUAUGCCAAAAAUCGAAUAUUUUAUUAAUUGAAUAUGUACAUUUAUAAUUAGAUUAGUAUGUAAGUUUAAUUUUGAACGUGCACGGUGAAAUACCGAUUGGAAAAAACCUUUAAAAAAAAACUCUCGUCUAAUUUUGUAGAGGCAGGCGGUGCCAUGUCAUAGAGUAUUGUAUAAACUAUUUCCUAUAUAAAAAUAUACCUUAAAACUAAAUUUACGAUUCGGGCUGUCUAGAUUCCAAUACUAGAUCGUAACUUAAAUAUUAUGAGCUACUUUUGUUUUAGUUUCGGAACGAGUAAAGAUAUUUUGCGCACUUUUAAACUACUGAAACGAAUCAGAAAUCAGAAUCCUGUUACUACUUACUGAUGUGAGUUAGUAGUCGUUACAUGAGCCAUGUCAGGGGCCUUUGGCGGCUCAAUAGUAACCCUGACACCAGGGUUGAUAGGGUUGGUAAUCCACCUCACAACCCACAGGAUAGAAGAAGUCUUUUUGAAGGUCUAACAUUUUUGAAAGUACGUCAUUUCGCAUUGGCUGAAGAGAAGAAAUGAUUAGAAACUGCAACAGCAACACAUCUUUUAAACCAAUGUAGGUACAUGGUAUAAGAAAACCAGGUAUGCUCUAAACUGGCAGCUAGCAUUUCAAGAUUAGCCCAGCGUGAAAAAAUAAAUUACCCACAACCAAUGUUUUUAUAUUUACUUUGCAAGGAAAUUUUGAACUUCUAGUAUAAGAUUUACUAACAGUUUUAAUGAUUUUUAUAUUUGUGACAAGCAAUAGUAACUAAAUAUAUUAGUCAGUAAUUCAGUUAAUUUUCAAUAAUAAAAUUUACGUCCUUGGAAUGUUGGAGAUACUAAUUUCAUGGUAACACUUACGUCAUCAAUCGGCUAGCAAUGGCGGCUUGUCAUAGGAUUGAGCAUACCUGCCGGGUCUGCAUGACAAUCGCACCACGCGCGGCGCAAAUAUAUUGAGCGCUUCGACCAAUAAACGAUACGAAUGCUAUCUACGUAGAUGGACGUCGAACGGCUAUUGGUCGAAGGCGUCUAUAUAAUUCGCGCCGCGCACGGUGCGGUUACCGUGAGCCUACUGGUUUUUUUAUACCAUGGUAAUACGUUUAUCCAUGCAGGAUUGCCAGGAUACACAUAUGUAACCUCCCACCCAUAACUUUUAAAACCUAAGCUUGAAUCUUCAGUGGUCACAAAGUGCGUAAAAUCAACUGAUUUUUUUCAAAAUUUAAUUUAAAUACUUCAUUUGAAUAUCUUAUAGAUUUUGUAUAUUUACGAGUAAGCCCAUCCCUUCUUAAUUACAAGAACUAUACCCAAUUUGACGUGGAAUGAUUAGAUUGACAUAUCUCUCGUCUCUUUCGUCUCAGGCGAAAUAUACAGGGUGUUAGUGACAUUGUACCGAAUACUGAAGGGGAUGAUUCAGACCAUGAUUCUGAGUCGAUAUCAAUUGGAAUUUCCUGUCGGAAAAUUUUAGAAUUUUUUUAAAUUAUAAAUCAGUUCCAUACUUAGCGACGGAAAAUUCCGCUUGAUAUCAACCCAGAAUCAUGGUCUGAAUCAUUCCUCAAAGUUUUCUUUACGAUGUCACUAACACCCUGUAUAUCUAUUCUGUUGUCAUUAUUAUCAUGCUAUGUUAAAAAGGCUAUAUUGAAUGAAUCUAAGAACUUCCAAAAAGGGAUUUUAAACAAUGAAUAUAAAAGCUUCGAUUAAAAGUUUUGACAGCGUUAAGUAAAGUAUUGAGUAGUUGUAAGCGAUUUUACAUUUACGUAUAAUUAUGUAUAUGUAUUCUUAUACAAGUUGGUCGUUGAAAAGCGAUAAAAGUAUGAAAAUGAGACGCCAUUUUGUUUUUGGAUAUAAGCUCCCGCGACACGGUAUCCGAAGUAUAUCGAAGUCUUCGAUCAAUAACCAAAUGAUAAAAUUUAAUUUUAUCGCUUUUCGUCGACGGUUAUUUAGAAAAUAUUUACUGACAAUUAUUUCUUAUUCCUAUUACCUUUUGAUCUGUGUUGUGCAUUUUCUACUUUGCAUUUUGUUUCUCGAAUGAUGUAUGGAUAGUAUUGACAACGCUACUUUGUAUUGUGACGUCACUUCAUUUCUUACAUAACAUACCAUCACGCCUGACUUCCUGAUGGGGUAGGCAGUCGUGUAUAGUAAUACAUCUAUUUCUCUCCAGCUAUUUAAAUAUCGCAGCGAAGCAGCGUGGUGGAUUGUGUUACAUACCGCUUUCGGUUGACUGAGGGGAGGCUUGUGCUUAGAAUUGAAACGUAUAUAGGCUGUUUAUGGAUAAAAAUGUCUUUAACAUUCAAUAUCUUAUACACCCAAAUGUUGCCUGGAAGAGAAGACUACUUAGCAAGGUCCCUGUUGUACUUUUUCCGUUUGUCUUUUGUUUUGUAUAUCUGUAUGUGUGAGCGUAAUAAAGUAUUUGUUAUACUAUGUUAUGUUAUGUAAAAGUUCAUUACUAUGAUAGACACGCAAAUGGCGUCGCAAUAUAUAGUAGUUCGUAGUUCGUAACUUACUCAUAGGUUUACUUUGACUUUCCUACUGUGUAGGUGUACCCUCUAUUCUCCUAGAUACGUCUGAAUGGAGUGAAGUUGGUUUUAAAAUAUGAUACCAUACUACCUACGUAAUAGGCUAGUUUCCAACUAGUCAAAUCAGCUACUUUUUACUAAACGUCAAAACGCGUAAUUACUAUUGGGAUUUGUAUGAAAAAGCAACCUGUGACGUCAUAGAAAAACGUGACAAAACGUCGUAUUUAUUAUUCUAUUCUAUUUUCUUUGUUUGUGGCUGCAUCGUUCAGAAACGAUGAUUCUGCCAACGUCAAGGUUCAAUACAUUUUUUAAAUAUAAAGAAGAAGAAAAAGGAAGAAGUUUUUUGUCACCUUUAGAUCUGUCUUUAUUUAGUAAACAGAAUUUCAUAAUUUAUCUUUGAACUAGGAAACUACCCAUUGUUUGACUCGAUUUAUAUCCUUUUCAUCUUGCCAACAGUUUGAUAGAUUCUGCCUCAGCUCCCAAUGUGUACAACAAACAGGUCCCUCAACCAAAUCACUCGGAUGUAUAGCAAUACUUGGUUUAUUUAUUUGUAGACCUUGCUUUUUUCCACAUAUUUAUGUUCAGUACAUAUUCGAACAUAAUAAAAUUUGUUAUGGAAUGUAUCCGAACGUCUGGGAUUAGCUCCAUCAUAGCGCCAUGACGUACAGUUCAUGAGCAAUAUAAUGUACCCACUUUAGGACUCUGUCGCACUAACAUAUUUGACAUUUAGUGAGACUUACAGUUCAAUUUGUCAAAAAAGUUAAUGCGACAUGGUACCAAAGUGUAUUAUACAUAUUAAUGCUCGUGACCGUACCUACAUAUUGUUUUUUACGGUUUAAUAAUUCGCAAGUUAGAUCGACAAACCAACUGAGUUUUAAUCUGUAAAAGAAAAUUGUAAAAAACCUGUAGAUAGGAAUACUUUCUGACAGAAAGACGUAAGGUAAACUUAAGAACAGAAAACGCAUGGAUACGAUCGAGUCAAUAAAAAUAGUAACCUAUUUUAAAACUAACUGCCUAUCCAUUUUGACAUCUCUCGUAUAAGCUAUCUUAAAAAUAAACUGUUCAACCGACUUCGAAUAAAAGUUUAAAAAAAUAGUAUUAUAUUACCAUUCCUAGUCUUAAGAGUAAAGAGUCAUCACUAUAUCCGUCUUAUCCCUAAAAGAAUAGAUGUUUUAUUUGACAAUUUUUAUUUUAUUAUUUUUUCUUUUAUUUUUGAAAACCCUGUAUUGACUAGGACCCUUAGCAAAAUUAGUGUUUACUGUUUGACAGGAAUCAACCAUUUUUCUUUUGAAUUGUAUUCUUUUUUUUAAGAAAUAAGAAAGGUGUUUUUUCGGUGGCGAUUGGUACAGGAAAGAGUGUUUUUCGAUGCAACUUUUUAGUACAAUUACUAGAAGAUGGUUGUUCCCUGUAAACGUUAAGAAAAAGAAUUAAAAAACAAAAUGAUAUCAUGACAAAGGCUGAGGACACAAUUUUUAAGAUAUACAAUGUCUUCUGAACAGGGUACUUUGAUUUACUGUUGUGUAUUUUUGAAUAGAGGUUGUUAAUCGAUUUUUACUCUUGUCUACUAAAGUGUUGUUUGGGGGGAAAAUGUUGAUCAGUCAUUGAAAAUAAUGUGUAGCGAAUUGAGGGUAGUUGCACCUCCACCUUGGCAAUGACAACCAGUCGCCGCGCCAGUGAUUCCGUGACUACGGUCGCUGCGACGCGGCCGAGACGGACAAAUUGAUAAGGUAAUUGCUUUUUACCUUAUUUAAAACUUAAUCACGUAUCGACCCGUUAAAAAUAGUUUACUAUGUAAACAUAAUCUUGUCUAUCUGUUAUGCAAGCAAGGCCCGAACAAAACUAGCUUUAACUUCGUAAGGUCGAGAUUUCCAGACAUACAGUCAUGAGCAAUAUGAUGUACCCACUUUAGGACUCUGUCGCACUAACAUAUUUGACAUUUAGUGAGACUUACAGUUCAAUUUGUCAAAAAAGUUAAUGUGACAUGGUACCAAAGUGUAUAUAUAUUAAUGCUCGUGACCGUACCUAGUAGUUAAACAAUGGGGUUUGGAUUUUAAAAGGACAUUCGGUCCUACGACUUUAAGGCCGCUUUUGCCUAUUUCAGUUAAAAGUUUUUUUUUCUCGUAAACAUUAAGGCUAAGCGGAGUGUUUACGGAGGGGUGGCAGGUGACUCGGGGGCGACGCGGCUCGUAAGAACUACUAUGUCACUGAACUGUUUUUUUUUGACGUGACUUAUUGUAGGGUUGCCGCAGAUAGCAUUAACUACUUGGCCGGACAUAUGGGGAGCGCUGAAGGCUCUCACCCGGUACAACGUUUAAGACAACAGGCCUGAGGGUGCCCAGUUGGGCGCGAACCUCGGCUCAGGGCGUUGUCUGAGACGAAAAAUAUUUGAAAGAAUUAAUCGAGCCUAGUCGAUAGCGAUAAGCGCCGAUUGAGGAAAAUCGUCGACCACGCCGGCGGGGUCGGUAUCGGGGUCCUGAAGUGUUUGGUUUCGCGAGCUGAUUGGCUCGCGAAUCGCGACUAUAUUUCCAAUUGGGGUAGUCAGAAGUAUAGCAUCGCAUGGUGAACUAAGUAUCUGCACUUAACCGAGCUUUAUUACCGACGUGAUAUGGUCGUUUUCCUAAGUAUAUGCGGACAAACAAUACCCUCUUUUUUUACCCUCGGCUUCACAGUUGGGUAAAUGUGACUGAUACACUUUUUUCCAUCAAUAACACGUUCUUGUAGUUGAAAUUUCGACAGUAAUACUCGAAUUUGACGCGAGAAUUGACCUAAAAUAGUUUUUCGUACGAUUUUUGACUAUGUAGCUCAUUUUUAUGUAAACGAACUGAUACGUAGAUUACGCGUCAAAGAAGUCCUGCGGAUUUUAAUGGAACUAAUUGACAAGUCAUAGUAAUGAGGUACUUUCCAGGCUGCCUUCCCCAAAAAACAUAUAGAUGGCGCUGUACAGAUUUGCCCUCAUUAAACCUUAAAUUUUCAUGGAUAACAGACUUAUGCAUCUUUUAUUUAAGUUUUUGGGUAUGAAUUACGACUCUUGUUAUUAGGACACUACACGUGGAGUAUUCCACCCAUUAUUAUUCUAAUCAAAAUUAAGCAAUAUAGGUAGCCACAUAAUUCUAUACAUAAUCUGAUAUUUGGAAAUAUCAUCAUCAUCAUCAAUUUAAGAGCCACGCUCUUGUCGGUGCAGCAUUUUCCAUGCUACUUUUUUAGGGAAAAAUAGGGCAGUGGUUUCCCUCUUACGUUCCGCCCCGCAGUACUCUGUCUGACGCAAGUGGGAUGGCUCCCAGAGUAGUCUAUUACAAAGCCAUACUAGGGCUCCUGUCCUCCGCCUCUGAAUAGUACUGACAGUUACUGCUGCCCUCUGUCAGGUCCCAGGUUACAGUCCCUGUGACUUGCCCCUGCCCAAAUAUCAAGCAACUAUUGUUUUUAUAUUUGCUUCUGCCAUUUUGUAUCAAAGUAAUCAUAGGUAAUUAUCACGUUAAAUCUGAACAGCGCCAUCUAUAUAAUAAUAUUAUUUGAGGAAAAUAGCCUGGAAAGUGCUUUAUUCUGCGCAGUUACUGCGUUACUAGCGCCGUGGCUGCGGGACUCCUUGUGUGCGGAUCCCAACAACCUUACGAACUGAUGACUCGUACCACGUUUUAUCGUACUCGUAAUUGUCUCUAUAAAUUGGAUUGGUUGUAUCAUCAUCAUCAGCCCAUUAACGUCCCCACUGCUGGGGCACGGGCCUUCCCUAUGGAUGGAUAGGGAGAACGGGCUUUAAACCAUCACGCGGGCCCAGUGCGGAUUUAUGGUUACUAACGACUGCUAAUGCAGCCGGGACCAACGGCUUAACGCGCCUUCCGAAGCACGGAGGAGCUCGAGAUGAAAACUUUUUUUUUGUGGUCACCCAUUGUAUGACCGGCUAUUGCGAAAGUUGCUUAACUUCAACAAUCGCAGACCGAGCGCGUUUACCGCUGCGAUGUUGGAUUGGUUGUAUGAUCGUGCGUAAUGACUUAUACAUAUGACCUUGUCGCAUCAACUUACCUGAUAAUGAUCCAAAGUCUCACUGGUGCUAAGUCGAACAUACAUCUCCAUAAUAAAUGAACGAAAUGAAAAAAAAAAAAUGAAAAUGAGAAUGAAAUAAAUGAUUUUUUUUUUAAAUAAUCUUUCUCUUUUUUGUCAUUUUCUUAUUCGUCGAAAGGAAAAAUAAAAAAGAAGAAAGGAGGAGAAAGGAAGGAAAGGAGGGAUUUGUUCUGUUGCUAAAUGUUUGUAUGUUUUUUUUUUGUGUGCAAUAAAGUAUAUUGGAUUUGAUUUGAUUUGGAAAGGGACGGAUAAUCGACAAGCUAAAAAUGUAUGGUACCUCAGUUUUAGGCAGGAAGUUUUGCAAAAUUUUACAUAUAACCCAUGCAUGCGUAAUUAUGUAUGCGUCAGUUGCAUAUAAUUAACGAGAUGCCUAUUUGAUUCGUUCGGGUUUUUGCUUCAUUUGCCAUUCGUCAAUUUCGUUUUUGGCGGUUAAGAAAAUUAAAAAGUAAAAUAACAAGGUGUCUGCUGGCACUAUUAGCACCAUUAAAAAUAGGUUCACAAGGUUAAGGUUAAUGUGACAGGGUUCUAAAGUCUUGAUGGUUUCGAUGACAUUGGCCCCGAUUCCUGGAGACACCGUCUAAUUUUAUUUUAAGUUAUAUCUGUCAUUUUCAUAUCCGUCGAAAAGGAAAGGGACGGAUGAUUCACAGCUCUUAAUUUUAGGAAGAAUGAGUAAAUGAACGUGUCGGGUUAUUGACUGAUGUAAAAUUUUUAGACGGUUGGUUUAGAUUUGUGCUUAAAAUUGACGUGUGUUCCAUAAAUUUUAUGCUUGUCGAUUACCCGUCCCUUUCCUUUUCGGCGGAUAAGAAAAUGACAGAUAUAACUUAAAAUAAAAUUAGAUGGUAUUUACAGGAAUUAGCACCAUUAUCACGUUAAUAUUACGAUUUGAAAUUCGACUUGCUAUUCGGCUUGCCAAUUUGCUUGGGAUGUUUUCGUAGAAAGUGAGGUAUACAUUUUGGAACCUUGUCACAUUGACUGUUUUGACAAAUUGAACUAUAACUCUCAAUAAAUGUCAAAUAUGUUAAUGUGACAGGGUUCUAAACUGUACGCUGGAGGCGUACUCAACGACGUUACCUUAUUUCGAUCCAUUAAAUAUGUAUUCUUCUUUAUAUUUGUACAAGUACUGUAUCGACCUAGUCCAAUUUAUAUGAACAUGAAAUUACGUAACAUUAUGGCGCUAUCGACCAAUCAGAAAGGCUUAUGAUGACAUUACAAAAGCUUGUGAUUGGUCGAAAAAAGUGGACAAGUUUUAUUUUUAAAAGUAACUUUUAUUUAUUUGGCAUGACGGUAGUAAAUUGAGGGUUUUCAGAAAGUUAUUGAUAUUUUUAAUGGGAAAAUAAACAUAGAAACAGGAAGUUUUUAAAGAUAAACGUGUCGAUAUUGUCCACUCCGCACACUCCAUACAAAUAUCUCAUUUUUAUCGUGUGUCGACUAACGCGUGAGCGAGUGAGAUAGACAAUCCGCGCGCUCACCUUUACUCUUUAGCGGCUUACGGUCAUUUUAGACUUACGUAAAAGCCACAGGGGGUGAGGUCGGUUCCCGAUACUAAUUGGUGAGGGGUGGAGAAUUAUCGUUUUAUACGUAGUAUUAUUCUUCAUUCUAUGAUACUUAUCGUCUUAGUCUUUCUAUCUCUUUCUUCUUCGAAAAUAAGAAGAGUUGUCAGUUUGUCUGGCGAAGAUUAUUAUUAAUAGAUUAAUUAAUUACUUUUUUUCUACUAUAUUUGUAUAUUAUAACCUUAUUUAACCAUAGUAUACAUGAACAAUUAAGUUUCUAGUUAUAUUGGAUGCUUAGAAAAUAGAAGAUUUAAUGUUUUAUAGGAAGUCACUAUUUAUUUGUACAUGAUAUAUAUCUAUCGCAUUAUAAUUCGUAAAUUUCAUUAUAUAGGGUGAAAUGAAAUACAUUUUUUAAGGAAAAUAAAGUCAAAAUUGGGUUUUAGGUGAGAUUUCCACUGUUCGUUUUGUAUAAAAUCGAAUUGACCGAUACAUUUUUUUGGACGGUGGAAAUUUGUUCACAAAACCUGAUUUCAUGCUUUAUAUUUUGCACCCUGUAUACUCCAGCCCGAUUUUUACGAAUAUACAAUAUUUAUAGGUUAAAAUUUAAGUAGAAACCGAAGAUCUGUUAAUUAUUGAAAGUGUAAUAUAAGUAGUAUUAGGUAACUUCUAAGUGUUACUUUCUAUUAAUUUAAACAGCUGUUGAGUGUGAUUACAUUAUAAACUUACUUAAAAUUAUACCAAAAAAUAUCCGAAAAUGUCUAUUACACAGCAAUGCUACCCUCUAUAGACUCUUUAAAAUUGAGAUUUCGUUUAAAAAACUACAACCUAUUCAAAAUAAAAUACUUCUUUCUGACUUUAUUUAUUGACCAAUCAAAUCGCGACAUAGUUCAGUCAGAUAGCUUCAAUUUCUUGUUCCAAUUUCAAAUGGCGUCUAUUGAAGGUAGCAUUAAAUAAACUUACAAUCAAAACAGUAGUUUAAAUUAAACAAAACGUAUCUGGCUGGGAGAUACAAAAUUCUCUAUUAUCUAAAAAAAAAAGUAAUUGUAAAUGUUGUACCCAACAAUUUGGCCGGCAGUGUACCCACCGAUUUGUCCUUUAGAUUGGAGUGCCAAGUUUACCUUUUAUCUUUCCACUAAGUGUAGUUACUGGCGCCACUUAUUGUUGGUUAUAAGAAUGUUGUCUGAUAAUGUAACCGCAUUAUAGGGUAUAUAUUCAAUAUUAAUGAUGAUCGGUCUGCGUUGCGCUUGUUUGAAUUCACUAUAUUGCCCGCUACUUUGGGUGGUAUCUGGUUUUGUUAACUUUGAAUAAAACCUUUGCGUGUGCACAACUUAGCGAAGUUUCAUAGCCAUCGAAUGAGUGGAAUAGGAAAGCGUUUGACGAAAGAUACAUUAUUUUUACUGUAAUAUAGAAGAUUAAUUUGAAUAUGAGUUCGGCUUGAAUAACGGUUCGCUUAGCUAACCUGAAGAUGUAACAGGUCCGGUAGCCACUGCUUGUUUGACAUUCCAACCCGCGAAGGGAAAUGCAGCCCAGUACAGGUUAGGUCACAUACUUCCGAAAAUGCUUUUCUUGGGAAUGUGGGUUUCCUCACAUUUAGGCUUGUGCUGGGAUUUGAACCUGCGAACCGGUGUGAGAGUCAAACGUUCUUCUAACUGGGCUCUAUAGGAUAUUCACUUUUAAUAUAAAAUUAAAUAAUAUUUGAUAAAGAAGUAACACAAUGUUGUAAGAGGUAAAGACAUUAGGACAUUUACACAUUUACGUAAGUUUUAAAUUGCAAUUCAUACGUGACUAGUUCGUGUUCUUUUAUCUUUCGAAAUAGGUAAAUGUAAUGUAACCAUAUAUAGGUUGUCAUGUUAAUAUUUGUAAUGUAAUUCUUCAUUUCGUCGUAACAUCCAAACCGCUACCGCCAUCUUGUGGUCGAAGAUAUGAAACUUUGUUUCGAAAUGGUUUCACAGUUUUUUAAUUAAAAAUAAAAAGUUAUAUCGCAAACGCAACGCGGACUAUAAGUGUACGUAUCUUCCAUUAGUGAAGUAGUCGCUGUGAGCUACCAUGCAUAUUACAAUAAAUAAAUUAAUAUGGAUUUAAAA